CUAUAUAGAGGAUUGGGGAUGCCCUUAUGCAUCCUCACUCGAAGAGAAUACGCGCAGGUCUGCCGGAUGAGGAACCAUUCCUCUGCCUUCCCUCAGGCUUUCCGGCUCCUUUCGGGUGGCUCACACGCGUAAAAAAACUACCUCAAAAUGCCUUCCAGUUUCUACCUCAAAAUCCCAAAACACUGAACGGUGAACGCCUUCUCUAAUGCGUUCAUGGUUAUUCCCCAUCCUCCCUUUCAGGCUUCGUCAUUCCGUCACCAGCCAGCUAGGUUGGUGAUCAGCUGUUGGCGCUGCACACGAUUGCAAAAUUUGAAGUAAGGACUAAGGAUCGGCUGUGCAAUUCAUCAGUUUCAGUACGGCUUUACGCAUGGCGGAAAUUGUGGCUUCAACCCUUGCUCAGGAGGGCGUGAGCAGGGUGUCCUCGUUCAUCUCAACCAAGCUCGAUGACAGGGCGUCCAGAGCACACACCGUCGCAAGGCUCGAGAUGGCACUCUCUCGCUUGGAGUUUGUCCUUGAGUGGUCCAGGAAGCAGCCAAUCACGUACGUCUCGCUGAUCCGUCGCUGGGGCAUGUUCAGGUGCGCCUACAAUGAGGGAGUAGAUCUGCUCAACAAGCACAAGCUGCCGGCGCUCGAAACCCACGCAGAAAUUGGGCAAGUGGUGGUAACGAGUUCAUCCUUCCUUCAACGGAUUAUUGCUAGUGCUGCGAACUUCUCUUUCUCUUCUCUUUCUGGCCUCAACAAGCAGUGCUUGAGCUCCUCCGUCGUCCAAAUCUUUGAGUCGUAUGCAAAUAGUGCUGGCGAGUUUUUAGCGGACGUGGAGUCCGCCUGCCCGCUCCGGCGGGGCACCUUCUUCCGCUACCCAUUUGUCAGGCAACUUCUUCAAGGGAAAUAUCUCAGGUAUGAAAGGGUGAAAAGAAGCCAAAAUCUCAAUUUGGAUAUAUGGCCUGUGAUCCUGGAAGGGCGUGGUGUAGAGGCACUGCUACGGUAUGAGUAUUUCGAUACCGAGAGGCGAGAUAAAAGUUUCACACUAGGCGUAGCGCUACGGCUCUCGGAAAGCACGGACAUAGUUGGGACUGCUAUAGACUGCUUGCGGUCAUCCGCAUCACUGCUCAACCUUGCAGCUCAAGACGCAGUAACGGGAGAGCUCACCUUGCUAUCUAAUUUACAGGACAUUUCAGAUUCGUAUGCUCCUCCCUGGGUUGGCUUUGAAUACUGUUAUGCUUUGUUUACUAAUUUUUUUCGCCCGGAUCCACUAUGUUGUCAAGGAAAUGGGCACGGGCCUAGUGUUAAGAGCACCAUGUCAUCGGAGCUAUCGCACUUAUUCAAGGAGCAAACUUUUUAUUUCGUUUUGAGUUGUUAUGUCCCGGCACUAGAGUACAGCUUGCCUAGCGCCUUUGACCAGGCUGGUAGAAAUGUCAUGACAGAUCGGACACCUCUUAAACUGGACGUUACCUUUGCACCUCAUCAAUCGAUGCACGACAGUUUUGUAACCGAGGCCAUGGGAAGCAAACAAGAAGAACGUUUUCCAUUUGGUAGCAUACAAGACACAGUUUACAUGACAAGAUCAAGAUCAGUUGACUGUCUCAUCUGUCGGUCAGAGGUGAACAAUUAUAAGGUGUCCUGGUUCUCGAAGCAUGGUUGUGCAGCCAUUAAGGUGGAAAAGCCAGGCACCGGCAUGGUAGCUGUGCCCAAAGCCAGCGGCAGGUACAACACCCAGAGUGCUGCAAAGCGAAAGCGGUAAAAACCUUGGUGCUGUCAGCUAGCUAGCAUAUAUAUCGUGUGUUUCUCUCUCGUGCUCAAUGUACAAGUAGAAGCCCUAUGCUGAUAUUUGAGAAAUUAAUAAAUGUACUACUACUUUGCAUUGUUUACCA